GGACGCUCACCGUGCAGGUAAAACGGUCCAUCUUCAACUCAAUAUCCGAAUAUCUGUAGACUGGGCUCAUCAAUGGAGCAUGAUAUGGGUACUAUUCGGACGAGGGUGGAAGGGUACACACUGAAUGUCACGAACAUUACACACUUGGAUCUGCACCUUGCUUCCGUGGUGGAAAACUGGUGAAAAGGUGGCGGUUAUUCUCAUGGUGCAUGCAGUUGAGUUGGGAACCGGUAGCAUCGGCCUCUCCAACAAAUAUUGGGACCGGGAAACAAGCCCUACCUUUUCCCGUUAGCGAAUGACUGGAGUUCUUUAUAAUAACCUCGCUGUAGAUGCUGGCUGGCUGAUAUUUCGAAUAGCAGGGCCCCAAAGUGAACUUGUAAGGUACUUAAUUUCAGAGCAAGUGACGUAGGGGGCAUAACGAUAACAAGCCCACCCAAGUGGCAUGGGGUGUUCCCACUUGGUGGGUGUGAGAUUCCAUAUUCACUUGGGAG